UAGAGUGGGGAUUCCUAAAACACUCUCCCAGCUUUGCCCCUCUCCAGCUUUUGGGUUCCCAGAGCCAGAGGAAGUGUCUCUGUAACAAGCAUAACUUGUGAGGUUAUUCUUCAGUGAACUUUCCUGAUGCUUUGUUGAGCUGAGUGUGCUUCUGGCUUCUGGUGUUCUGUGCUAAAACAGUUCAUUGUUUUGUUAACCUUUGUGACGGAGUUACCUCUUUGAAUUUGUCAUUUCAUAAUCUUGCUUGGUGGCUCCAAUUUCUGCAUUCUGAGAAGCCAUGAGUAAUUGUUCCUUGUUCAUCAGUUUUAUCUCACUUAGUGCUUUAUUAUCUCUUAACAACAUCAUGAAUGUGAUCUCUUACUGCAAAACGUCAUGGUCACCCUGUCUCAAAUAAAGAAAUAUUGAGCAUGGGCAUGGGGACUACCAGAAGUUAUGUCAUCAAAAGAAGUACUGAGCUUGUAAAAGAGUGUUUCAGUUGAGAAAGGGGCUCAGGUAUGAGGUGUCCACAAGUGGAAUGAAGGUGAGAAGUUGAAAAAAACUAUUAGGAAGCUGGCUGAAAAUAAAGAGGAAGACAAACAUUUCUUCAUAAUGCAUUGUGAGACUUGGCACAGGACACUGUGCAGGCAUAAGGAUGCCUACCAGGUGAUCUUGGAUGGUGUGAAAGGAGGUGCCAAGGAGAAGAGACUUGCAGCCCAGUUUAUUCCUAAGUUCUUCAAGCAUUUUCCUGAGUUAGCUGACUCAGCUAUCAAUGCCCAGUUGGACCUCUGUGAGGAUGAAGAUGUUUCUAUCCGUCGACAAGCAAUCAAGGAAUUGCCUCAGUUUGCUACUGGAGAUAAUCUUCCUCGGGUAGCAGACAUACUGACCCAGCUUCUGCAGUCAGAUGAUUCUGCAGAAUUCAAUUUGGUGAACAAUGCCUUGCUCAGUAUAUUUAAGAUGGAUGCUAAAGGGACUUUGGGAGGUUUAUUCAGUCAGAUUCUUCAGGGAGAGGAUAUUGUGAGAGAGCGAGCCAUUAAGUUCCUUUCUACAAAACUGAAAACCUUACCAGAGGAAGUGAUGACAAAGGAGGUGGAGGAAUUCAUAUUGACUGAAUCAAAGAAGGUUCUGGAAGAUGUGACAGGCGAGGAAUUUGUUCUGUUCAUGAAAAUAUUGUCUGGAUUAAAAAGCUUACAGACAGUCAGUGGGAGGCAGCAACUGGUGGAGCUGGUAGCUGAACAGGCUGACCUGGAACAAACGUUCAAUCCAUCAGAUACGGACUGUGUGGACAGACUUCUGCAGUGCACUCGGCAGGCAGUGCCAUUGUUCUCAAAAAAUGUUCAUUCCACAAAAUUUGUUACUUACUUCUGUGAGCAUGUUCUGCCAAACCUCAGCUCUUUGACUACUCUAGUGGAGGGUCUUGAUAUCCAGUUAGAGGUUUUGAAGCUUCUCGCUGAAAUGAGUUCAUUUUGUGGUGAUAUGGAAAAGCUUGAAUCAAAUUUGAAGAAGCUGUUUGAUAAAUUACUGGAGUAUAUGCCCCUCCCACCAGAGGAAGCAGAAAAUGGGGAAAAUGCUGGCAAUGAAGAGCCCAAGUUGCAAUUCAGCUAUGUGGAGUGUUUAUUGUAUAGCUUCCAUCAGCUAGGUCGCAAACUUCCAGACUUCCUCACAGCCAAGCUGAAUGCAGAGAAAUUGAAAGAUUUCAAAAUCAGGCUACAGUAUUUUGCUCGAGGGCUGCAGGUGUAUAUUCGACAGCUUCGUCUGGCACUUCAAGGAAAAACAGGAGAAGCUUUGAAAACAGAGGAGAACAAGAUUAAAGUGGUUGCCUUGAAAAUAACCAAUAACAUUAAUGUUUUAAUCAAGGAUCUCUUCCACAUUCCUCCUUCUUACAAAAGUACAGUUACAUUGUCCUGGAAACCAGUACAGAAGGCAGAUGCAAGUCAAAAAAGAGCAAGUGAAGAUACAACCUCAAGUUCACCCCCAAAGAAAGCUUCAGCAGGACCAAAAAGGGAUGCCAGGCAAAUAUAUAAUCCUCCCAGUGGAAAAUACAGCAGUAACCUGGGUAGUUUUUCUUACGAGCAAAGAGGUGGUUUCCGGGGUGGACGAGGAAGAGGCUGGGGAGGACGUGGCAAUCGCAGCCGAGGAAGAAUCUACUGAGAAGACUGCUAAAUCUUCCAUGCCCCUGAAGGGCUAAAGUGAAAGUGCUACUCGGCAAGUUUGCUUGGAGCAUUGUUUUCUUCAAGGACUGCCUUCCAUUGAGACUGACUUAAAUGUUCUUUAUACCUUUGUAUGUAUGAUCUACUUUUCUAACGGACUACAACUUGUCCAUAGUGAAACUGCAACUGUAUUUUUGGAUGCUUACAGUCAGCAGAUUUGGGUUCUUACUUUUGAAGUGUCUUCAAGAUUCAAAAUUGGAAAAGAGCAUAGAUAUUUCAUCAAAAGCUGCAUCUUGACAGUUUGUAUAUUAACCUAAAAGUCAGCUACUGCAUAACAGAAAUAUAUAAUCGAGUUUAUGUAUUAAGUAAUGGACAGGAAAGGCAUGACAACAGAAAUAAUGUGUUAGAUAAGCUUAGCAGCUGAAGUAAUCCUUUCCUCAUGUAUAACCAUAUUUUGCAAUAUGUGGAGAAGAGUACCAUUGUUAAAUUUGCUUUGAUUUACUUUCUUUAAUUGAAUUGAAUGAAAUACAUGCUGUUUUUUUUAAGUUUGCAACAUGGCUGGAAAUCUGUUCUGCUUGUAGCAUGAAGCAGUCUUCUUACUUAGAGAUGUGGAGAAUGUGGCAUUUUUUGGUUUGCACAUCUUACUCUUCUCCGUGCAUUGUAAUACAAAUGUGAUGUUUUGAAAAUUAAUUUUUAAUGUUUAAUAUGAAUAUGUGCAUAUAGUUAUGCCGUGAAAUCUCAGUAAAUUAAUAGCAUAAAAAACCAAAACAAUAAAUGACGAAUUAUUUCAGGAAUGGGUAAAGACUGAUGCAGUGAUUAAGCUUCCUAGACUGGAGCUGGACCACAGGCGUUUCUGGCUCUUUUCUGUUUUAUGCAGAUUUCUGGAUUAGUUGGCACUUGAGGGUGGGCUGGUUGGUUGGUUUUUCUUGUUUUGUGAUUUUUUGUGUGUGUGUGUGUUUUGGUUUUUUUUAACCAAUAGUUGCAUUUAAAAAUAUAUAAAUAAAAUUGUAUUUUGGGUAACAUUGAAAAAUUCCAGCUACAUAGUUUGAUUCAGGUGGAAAAAUUAACAAUUCCAUGCUAUUUUUUUUCAUAGCAACUUGAGAUUUUUAUUUACUGGUGUGCACCCAGAAAAUACAAUGUAAGAGCACAAUGCUUUUUUUUUUUAAUUCUCACCACUCAAAAUUUUAACUUCUCAGGUCAUUCAACAUUGUAAAGGAAUUAGUAUAUAGUAAAAAGAAGUCAAAACAGGAAAAGAAUUUUAAUUAAGUGUUCCAGAGCAUGUUGAUGAAAAAUACCUUAGGCUUUAGAAGAGUGAAUAAUACUUCUUACCCUCCUUUUCUUUGCCCAGCAAUAUCCACAGGUGAUGUCUCCCCACCCUAGUUCCAUUUGUAUUUGCUUGUGAAUCUGAUUCAGGUGUUUUCAUUAACAUUCUUUAAUAUUUAUCACUACAAUCAGCAAUCAGAAGGCCAGAAUACCAAAAUUAUGUCCAAGUUAGAAACAUCUGUUGAGGAUGCUAAAUUCAAAGUCUGUUUUUGCUUAACUCUGGAACAGUAGGUAGGAAAUUUUGGACAUUCCAGGACAUGUGAGCUGACUUUGGAUUUCUCAUUACAUGCCAGCUGCUAAACUCUGAUUUGGCAUUAAAAUCAUGAAACUUGGCUAAAAGCUUUGAAGGAGAAAUUUCUGAGGUCAAAAUGUCACUCUGAAAAUAGGUACUAGAUAUGUAAUAAGCUUCUAUUGGGAGGGAAAAAAGGAAAAGUCAUUUUGCACUUGUGGCUAUAAUGGGUAUUUUGAGGGGAUUUAAUAAUGUAAUCCUAAAGCCUAAACAUAGCUUGUAUUUAGACUAGUAACUAGGUACUCGCAGCUUCUAUUCUCACUGAAUUUUGAGUGAGUUUUCUUUGUGUGACUCCUGUAUUUCAGAGGUGAUGUGCAAAGUUCUUGUGGCCUCAGAAGUAGUUAGAUUAUUUUUCUCCAGUUUCCUAUCUAAUUUUAACAUAGUGAGUUCUUGUGGAAACACCUGUUUACCAUCUUGUUGAAUUGUAAAUGUUCCCUUACAGCUUUGGAAUAAAUUCAUUUUGUAAUUUU